AUAAAGUUGGCUCUGAAAAUACAUUCUAUAACAUAUCUGCCUUGAACAUACAUUCUAAAAAUAUAAAUGUAUAUUAAAAGAUAAAAAGAGUAGCUAUAACUGAAUAAGAAAAAUGCUGCCAAUUCCCAGUCGAUAUUCCACUCUAGACACAAAACGAUCCACAAUUCAUUCACGGAAUGAUGAAGUCACGGAAACACGCCUGAUCCAGCAAGCAUAUUCCGCCUUAAAAUCAAAAGAAUAUGUAAAGGCACAAGAACUAUUAUUGAUAUCAUCUGUCGAAAAUUUCAAAAGGAAGCCCAAGGACCCAAAAUAUAGAAAGAUUCAGAAUCCAAGUUAUACAAAGUUUAAAGUUAGUUACAAUAUUGUAUGCGAUGCUCGCUAUAAAAAAGCUCGACAUGAUUAUAAUGCACAAUUUAAGCAUGAAAUGAAAAUGCUAAUAGAUCAUUCGGCUAGGGCCAUUGAUGCAGCUGCUUUUGUUAAAUGGACUUCAUAUACAAGUUUUUGGCCACCUUAUCAUAACAUGGCCGAGUUGCGACAAACGGAUAGAACUUUUUUUAAACUUUCUAAGAAAGAGCAGCGACGUUUUGCAACGAUUAUGAAUACAAAUUUUUUAUAAGCCCUCAAGGAAAAGAGAAAUUCCAAUUAUAUAUUUUAACAUAUUAUUUUUUGUUAAGGAAAUUUGGAUUUCACCUUUCAAGAGAAAAUACAGUAAAGUUUUGGAAUUUUAGAAAUCA